UCUGCUCGCACCCCUCCCGUCUCCUCCGUCGAUAUCAGGUCCUCCUCCAGCCUCUUUAAACUGCCUUCUCCGCCCAGAAAGGAGCACAUUUUCGGGGGUUUGGUCUCCGGCGGGUCCUCCUCGCUCUCCCAGACCUGUCCGCGCGUCUCGGGGGGGAUUUUCUUUCUUCUUUCUGUGUCGGAGCGAGAGGAAACAGAGAAGCGGAGCUGUGUUUUCACGCUGCUUUUGGUGGGCGGAUAAAGCGAAGGAGGGCAUCCGGGCCUGGCAGCUCCGGAGAGUCGGCUUGAAACGACGGAAUUCACCAUUUUUCAGGCCGAGCGCUGCCUCGCUAUGGAGAAGAUGAAGAGGAUCAAGAAGCGCCUGUCCUUAACCCUCCGGCCCAGCCAGACCAUCGACGAGUCUCUGUCCGAGCUGGCCGAGCAGCUGACCAUCGAGGACGGCGGCACCAAAGACAACGAGCCCUUCAUGAGGAACGGCCGGCCGCCGACCUCCCACAGCAUGCACUCCUUCCUGCACCAGUACACCGGCUCCUUCAAGAAGCCGCCGCUCCGCCGGCCGCACAGCGUCAUCGGCGGCACGCUGGGCUCCUUCAUGGCCAUGCCGCGCAACGGGAGCCGCCUGGACAUCGUGCACGAGAACCUGAAGAUGGGAUCGGACGGCGAGAGUGACCAGGCGUCGGGGACGUCCUCCGACGAGGUCCAGUCGCCCACCGGCGUCUGCCUGAGGAACCGAGUCCACCGACGGAUCUCCAUGGAGGACCUGAACAAGCGGCUGUCACUGCCCGCCGACAUCCGGAUCCCAGACGGCUACCUGGAGAAGCUGCAGCUCAGCAGCCCGCCGUUCGACCAGCCGCUCAGCCGCCGCUCCCGCCGAGCCUCGCUGUCGGAAAUUGGUUUUGGGAAGUUGGAGACGUACAUCAAGCUGGACAAGCUGGGAGAGGGAACGUACGCCACGGUGUUUAAAGGACGCAGCAAGCUGACGGACAACCUGGUGGCCCUGAAGGAGAUCCGGCUGGAGCACGAGGAAGGAGCUCCGUGCACCGCCAUCAGAGAAGUGUCUCUACUGAAGGACCUGAAGCACGCCAACAUCGUGACGUUACACGACAUCGUCCACACCGACAAGAGCCUCACGCUCGUCUUCGAGUACCUGGAUAAGGACCUGAAGCAGUACAUGGACGACUGUGGGAACAUCAUGAGUAUGCACAACGUGAAGGUGUUUCUGUUCCAGAUUUUACGAGGACUGUCCUACUGUCACAAGAGGAAGGUUCUCCACAGAGACCUGAAGCCACAGAACCUCCUCAUUAACGAGAAAGGGGAGCUCAAGCUGGCUGAUUUCGGUCUGGCGAGGGCGAAGUCAGUUCCCACUAAAACCUAUUCCAACGAGGUGGUGACUCUGUGGUACCGGCCCCCCGACGUCCUGCUGGGGUCCUCGGAGUACUCAACACAGAUCGACAUGUGGGGUGUCGGCUGUAUAUUCUACGAGAUGGCUGCGGGUCGGCCUCUGUUCCCGGGCUCCACCGUGGAGGACGAGCUCCACCUCAUCUUCAGGCUGCUGGGCACGCCCACCGAGGAGAACUGGCCGGGAAUCUCCUCCGUCGACGAGUUCAAAUCCUACAACUUUCCCAAAUACAAGCCGCAGCCGUUGAUCAACCACGCCCCCAGGCUGGACAGCGACGGCAUCGAGCUGCUGCUGGCGUUCCUCAAAUAUGAAUCCAAGAAGAGGAUCUCAGCCGACGAGGCCAUGAAGCAUUCCUACUUCCGGCAGCUCGGGAUGAGAGUCCACAACCUCCCCGAGAGCGUAUCGAUAUUCACGUUAAAAGAAGUGCAGCUGCAGAGAGACCCCGGUUACAGGAACUCCUCAUACCCAGAGUCAGGGAACGGAAAGAUCAACAGAAGGCAAAGCAUGCUCUUCUAACAGCCGAGGAUCUCCUGUCCAGCUCCACCUUCACUCCCCAGCAUGAGCCCACCUUCCUCCGGAGUGACCCCCUCCCCCCGUCGACCCUUCACCCCUGCGCACACACACACACAUAAACGCGCACACACACCCCUCUGAGCGAGUGACUCUGAGUUGUGGAGACUGUUUAUUUAUUUUUAUUGGGGGGUGAUGUUGUAUUUUUUGCUGCUAAACUACUAAACUACUACUGUCUGUAUUUAACACACCGUGUGUGUGUGUGUGUGUGUGUGUGUGUGCGUGCGUGUGUGUGUGUGUAAACAUGAUGUGAACUGGAGGCGCCAUGCACAGCUGAGCAGUCAGUCGGGUCACUGUCGUUCUCCGAUUCUCUGGCUUCUUCUUCUUCUUUUUGAGUUCCAGUUCGACGCUGCGAUGCCAGACUAAAAGCUUCAAUGGCAACACUUUUAAAAUACACACAUAUAUAUAUAUGUAUGUUUGGUUCUGUUUUGUCGUCGAGCUUCCUCGAUUGAAUUUCCCGACGUUUCCGGAGCUCGGCAGACUGGAACUCAGCCUGGCGUGAGUCGGUCUGGAGUUUUCAUCUCCCUGCAGCGUUUCGAGAAAAAGACGGAAACGCGCAGCUUGGGGGUUUCUCUCCGACCCGUCUGGCUCGUGGAAACGGCGGAUUACGGAUCGAUAGCGGAGAUGAAGCCAGCAAGCCUUCUGGAAACUGCCAGGAUUUUUUUGUUUUUUUUUUUUUCUUUCCAAACGUGGAACUAAUGCAAGCUGGGUUCCGUCGCUCUGUGUGCAUCCGCAGACCUGACUGCAGUGACUCUGUUCCUACCUUGCACUUCAGUGUUUUUGUUGUUUUGUUUUGUUUUGUUGUUCAUCAGGGACACGAGCCCGGACGCGGCCCGGUUUACCCAACAGUAUUAAGGUGUUUUCUCUGUGUCUGUGACCUUUGACCUCUCCUUUGUGAAGCGACCGUGUCUUCUGUGGCAUGUUUUUUUCGGAGGUUUGGG